AUGGGCUUAUCAAGCCGCUAUGCUGUUGCGCAUCUCGAUCCUAAAGGCGCCGGAGAUGCACGACCAACUGCCCUUCAAAUCAUCCAAGACGAAGGUUCCGAAGGUAAACUGGCUGGCAAGGUUAUCGUCAUCACUGGAGCUACAGCAGGCAUUGGUAUCGAGACAGCUCGUGCCUUAUCGGCCACCGGGGCCACUCUACUCCUCACAGCCCGCAAUCGAUCCAAGGCUGAGAAGAACCUCGCCAGGAUUCUAGAACCCGGCCGAGUCUCGCUGAUUGACUUGGAUCUGGACUCCUUUGCGAGUAUUCGUGCCGGAGCAGAAGAAAUCCUCACCGCGUCCAAGGGCCAGGUCAACAUUCUUAUCAACGGCGCGGGUGUCAUGGGCCUCCAGAACCACACGCUCACCGAAGAUGGCAUUGAGGCGCAAUUUGCGGGCAACUAUUUGGGAUUCUUCCUUCUCUUCCAGCUUUUAAAGCAAGCUUUGUUGGCCAGUGUGACCCCAGAGCUUAAUUCGCGAGUUGUGGUCGUGUCUUCAUCUGCUCACCGAGCUGCUGCCACCCUCCCAGCUAGCGACAACUACAACUUCGAAAAGGGCGGAUAUCAACACGAAAUGGCAUACAACAAUGCCAAGCUGGCAGCGGUGUAUUUAGCUAACACCAUCGAGCGGUUAUAUGGUGCCAAGGGACUACAUGCUACCAGUCUCCACCCCGGCGCGAUCAACACUGAUAUAUCCCGCAAUAUGCCUCCGGAAUUCUUAGAGACUAUCAUGAUCAACCCAUAUGUCGUGAAGAUUUUGAAGUCUUCCGAGCAGGGGGCGGCUACGACGGUAUGGGCGGCUGUGGGCAAAGAGUGGGAGGAAAAGGGCGGCAAGUAUCUCGAGGACUGCAAGGAAGCAGAUCGUGGUCAGGAUGAUGGCCAAGUUUUUGGUGCUGGAUGGGUGAAACAGACAUAUAAUUCUCAGGAAGAGGAUCGUCUCUGGAAGGAUUCCCUCAAGAUGGUCGGACUCGGACUGGAGAGUGAAGCUUGA